UCUAAUUGAAUAUGCAUGCAGCAAAGUCAUUAACGCUACAACAGAAUACCAUUAAGGAGGCACCGCUUGUUGUGGGCGGAGUCCCUUGUUUGUACAGCGCAUCAUUUCUCUAGGACUCGACAGCAGAGCUAGUUAAAAUGGAGUGCCCCAUGCAGGGACACUCAGUGCAUCAUGGCAAGUCAGAGCGAAAACAAUAACGACGAGGACCAAGAGGAGGAGCAGGAGCAGGAGCAGAAAGAGGCUGAAGCAAUGGAUUUCUGGAGGGAAGUGUGCAAGGAAUCGGCCAUACAUGGCAUGCCAUAUCUGGCCCGCAAGGAUCUCCACUUUCUCGAGCGCAUCUUCUGGCUGGCCAUAAUCAUAGCAUCCACCUACUAUGCGGUUAACAGCUGCCUGUCGCAGUGGCUUCGCUAUCAGAAUAAUCCCAUUAUCUACGAAUACGAAUAUCUAUUUGCGCUGCGCUCGUUUCCCAUUCUGGGGAUCACUCUCUGCACGCAGUACACCCAACUGCCUUCCCACUUAACGUAUAAGCUGAUUAACGAUAUCUGGGAGAACGACUAUGCUGAGCUCAUUGAAGCGAGUAUCCCCACCGAAAAGCUGAACUAUUACACUAAAUUUUUGCAUGUCCUGAAUCGAUUGCAAUACGACAACUUGGAAACGUUGAUGCCCUAUGAGAAUGACACGACUAUGCAGAUUUUGCCUUUUGCUCGGAUGUUAAGGAAACUGUUGAUAUACACAAUACCGAAGCAGCCAGAAGUUCCCGAGUUUGUGUCCACCCUAACCGAAAUGGGCCUCUGCCUGACAACGAGCCAGCUGGCGAGGUUUGGAUUUCCCACAGAGAGACAAGCUAAGCAAAACCUCAUAGUGCCCAAGCGAAUGUGCACCUACUUUGGCAGCUGUCGCACCCUUAUUGAGGCACCUAUGCCUGGCACUACGGUCACUCUGUUUGUUCACGAUGUGAAUGAGUUUCUGAUGCCGCAUGAUCGUCGCACCGUAUCCCUCGACAUGGGUAACAAGAGCACCUACCACGUACAGUUCAUGCUCAACUCCAUAUCCGCGGAGACCGAGGUGCGCAAUGUGCCCAUCGCCUAUCGCAAGUGCCGAUACAUCGAUGAGAACAAUCUCAAGUACUAUGCCCCCUAUCAUCCCAGCCUUUGUCGCAUGGAGUGUCGCAUCAACCGAGCCCUGGCUCUCUGCAAUUGCAAGCCCUUUUUCUAUGUGGAGGGACCCAAGGAUCGCAUUUGCACUAUAAAGCAAAUGGUGUGCCUGGCGCGUAAGAGGUGGCUGGAGCAGCCCUGCGAUUGCAUGCCCCUCUGCAAGGAGAUCAGCUUUACUGUCACCGAGAAAGUUUACUCAAAUGGCGGUGGUGCAGAGAACUCACAGAACUUUGACCGCAAGUUCAUCUUGAAUCAAGAGCUCCCCAAGAUGGGCAUCAAGCGUCGCGUUGUCUUCAGCAUGGAUCAGCUGAUCGUGUCAUUCGGAGGUGCCAUAGGCCUCUUUCUAGGCGCCAGCUUCAUGACCAUAUAUGGCUUGAGCUAUCUACUGAUGUACUAUCUGGUUGUCAAAUGCAAAUAUCGACCAAAGCUCAAGCGGAAUCAGAAUACCUCUAUUAAAAUUGCCUAGACACGGAGUUGGAGUUUGUUCAAACGCUUAAAUUUGCACAAUUUUCCUGUAUUAAAGUAAAAGCACAAUUUUCUCGUUUUACCGCUUGCUACGCACGCAUUAACGGGCCUAAUGCGCAUAUGCGAGUUAAAGACAAUAAUAAAAUAUCUGAAGACGCACUCGACAGCAAUUGCCUUGCCCAAAAGGCCUGAGUGGGGCAGCAAGAAAGGGAAGUCGGAAAAGUGCCAACGGGGCACAGAAAGCGAAUUUCACUUUUGUGACAAUGACA